AUGGAUAUAGAGACUAAAAUUAAACAAGACAUGAAAGCUUUGGGCUGCAAAUCUGAUAUGAAAAUCGCACUAGCGUACUAUCUGUAUAUGUAUUUAGUGGACGAGAAAAUAAUGUAUGACACUGAAUACUGCUAUAACAAGGAUAUAGAUACGCUGUAUGUCGUCGCUCGACCUAACAAACAGGAAAAACCAAAUAUUUACGUACCAAUACCUACUCAGGACAUGUUAAGUAUAGAUUUUAUCAACCAAAUACAAGAGAAUUUGUGCACUGUUGAAACCGGUCCAACUGUAAACUUAGCCUUUAUAGAAGGCGACUUUACAACGGUCAUAUACACGUUUACAAAGGGUUUGGUUAAUAGGGAACCCACAGGAACCAUAGGUAUACAGCGAGCGAAAUACUACAGGAGUUUCAUUGAUAAUGAGUUACAGAAAUGUCGGAAUGAGAUUUUAAAUGCAGCUUUAGACGGAGGGGUUGUUGAUGAUGACGAUUGUGAAGUUUUGGAAUGA